AUGUCUGCAACUCAAAAAGCAGGUUUGAUACCUUUCACUCUAGAAGAACCAGAGUUUGAUCAAAAUACCUAUUUCGGUAGAUUUAGAGCUUUCCAGAAGACCAGCAACCCAGUUUUCGCCUUCUUUACCAACACUAAGAUUGACGCUUUAAGGCAAUUACUAGAGGACUAGAAAAAGAGAGAGGAGAUUUAAUUGUAGGAAACAGGUGAUCGUAGAAUACCACUAUCUAGAAAGGAAAUUAAAACUCUAAGAACUGCCUAGACAGUCGUAUCGACAGCUAUUCAUCCAGAUACUGGUGAGUUCAUCCCCUGGGUAUGCAGACUUAGUUCAUUCUUGCCUUGCAAUAUCCCCAUCGCUUUUGGUUUCAUUAUAGCAGCACCAACUCCAUUCAACACAAUCUUUUGGCAAUGGAUAAAUCAAACUUACAAUGCCUUAAUGAACUAUGGAAAUAGAAAUGCAACCUCCCCUUACACUACAUCUGAUAUUAUGCAAAGUUAUCUCGUCGCUGUAGGUUCAUCAAUUGGUGUUGCACUUGGAGUGAGAAGACUUUUAUCAGGUUAUUCGAGCAAGGCAGUUGGAGCUAGAUUAAUCGUACUUAAUUCAAUCAGUAGUUUCUUUGCUUGCUCUACUGCAGGCUAUCUGAAUGCUUUCUUUAUGAGAAAGACAGAGCUUAAGAAGGGUAUUGACGUAAUGGAUCCAGACGGUAAAGUUGUUGGGAAAUCUUAAAUCGCAGCCAAAAAAGCUGUACAGUAAACUGCUAAUUCAAGAUUUUUCCUAGCAUUCCCUAUUUUCUUCCCACCAACUAUGCUCUACCUAAUUGAAAAGCAAGGCAAAAUGCCCAAAAACUACUAUCUCAAGACAUUACUCGAAGUCAGUUUAAUUUCAUGUGAACUAUAUAUUGCAGUACCUUUUGCAAUAGGAGUAUACCCACAGACAGCUACCAUUAGGUCCAAAGAUUUAGAAGCUGAGUUCUUCGAGUUAAAGGAUGCUCAGGGCAGUAUCAUAUAAGAAUUGGUAUUUAAUAAAGGACUCUGA